AUGUCCUUCUCCAGAUCUAGCAUGUCCUACAGCAGCAGCGGCGGUGGAGGCGGAGGUGGCACCAUGUCCAUGAGGUCUGGAGGUGGAGGUGGAAUGGGUAUGGGCUCCUCCCGCUUCUCCUCGAUGGGUGGUGGUGGCGGUGGAGGAGGCCGCGUCACUGCCAUGAGGGCCGGCAGUGUGUAUGGAGGUGCAGGAGGCUCUGGGGUGCGCAUCUCUAGCUCCUCGUUCGGUUCCGGCGGCGGAGGUGGUGGUGGCGGUUAUGGUUUCGGAAUGGGAGGGGGUGGCGGCGGCGGUGGCGGCGGUGGCGGUUUUAGUUUUGGCUUGGGACGGGGUUGUGGUACUGACAGUGGAGCCGACAUUAAUGUGUCGGCCAACGAGAAGGCCACAAUGCAGAACCUGAACGACCGCCUGUCCACCUACUUGGAGAAGGUGCGCAUGCUAGAGGCGGCCAACGCCGAGCUGGAGCUGAAGAUCCGUCAGUUCAUGGAGAGCAAGGCGUCCCCCAGCGCUCGCGACUACUCUCGCUUCUACGCUAUUAUCGCCGACCUGCAGGACAAGAUCCAGGCUGCAACUCGCGUAAACGGAGGUAUCUAUCUCAGCAUCGACAACGCAAAGCUCGCUGCAGACGACUUCAGAAACAAGUAUGAGAACGAGCUGGCCAUGCGUCAGUCAGUGGAGGCUGACAUCGCCGGGCUGAAGAGGAUGCUGGACGAGAUGACCAUGGCCAGAUCUGACCUGGAGAUGCAGAUCGAGGGGCUGAAGGAGGAGCUCAUCUAUCUCAAGAAGAACCAUGAGGAGGAGCUUCUGGCCAUGAGGACGCAGAUGACUGGACAAAUCAACGUGGAAGUGGACGCAGCACCACAGGAGGACCUGACCAGAGUCAUGGCUGAGAUUCGUGAGCAGUAUGAGGCCGUUAGUGCCAAGAACCAGCGUGACCUGGAGUCCUGGUUCCAGACCAAGACAGAGACGUUGAACCAGGAGGUGGCGUCCAGCACAGAGGUUCUCCAGACCUCCAAGUCAGAGAUUUCGGAAAUCCGUCGCACACUGCAGGGCCUGGAAAUUGAACUGCAGUCACAGCUCAGCAUGAAAGGCUCCCUGGAGAACACGCUGGCGGAGACGGAGGGCCGUUACUCCAUGCAGCUGGGACGCCUCCAGAACCAAGUGACCAGUCUGGAAGAACAGCUAAUGUCUCUCCGCAGUGACAUGGAACGCCAGGGCCAGGAGUACAAGAUGCUGCUGGACAUCAAGACACGCCUGGAGAUGGAGAUCGCUGAGUACAGGAGGCUGCUGGACGGAGAGGCUAGCGGCCUCAGCUCCUCGAAAUCCGGCCACGGCUCCUCCAGCUCGCACGUCAGCUCCUCCAGCUCCGGCCCCAGCUCCUCCACCUCCACCACACGCAAAGUGGUGAUCGUCACAGAGGAAAUAGUGGAUGGCAAGGUUGUCUCCACAAGUCAAACCAAACAUACCACUUAAGGUUCCACACACACAGCGAGCACUGCAGCAAGCAAUGGGUUAACCCCAUAGAAAUAUAAUUACUAGAAUGGGUAUAGGAAAUGAGAGGUCAGCACAUGGAAUAUUACUGCUCCACAGUGCUUUGUUCAUGCAACCUAAAAUACAACGUUACCACGUAUACAAAGUCUUCGUCAGAUGAAAAAUCCCUAUUUUCAUUGUCUGUCUUAUUUGCUAAGGGCAGCUCUGGUUAACUCUAAUUUAAGAUGUGAAUUCCAUCCUCCUAUUCUUUCUAGAAUGGCUAAAGCCCCUCAGAUACCCAUCAUGGAACAUUGACUUGUCUCCACAAGUCAAACCAAACAUACCUCUUAAGGUCCCACACACACAGCGAGCACUGCUGCAAGCAACGGGUUAACCCCACAGAAAUAUAAUUUCUAGAAUGGGUAUAGGAAAUGAGAGUGGAAUAUUGGAAUAUUACUGCUCCACAGUGCUUUGUUCAUGCAACCUAAAAUACAACAUUUCAAUUUAUACAAAGUCUUCGUCAGAUGAAAAAUACCUAUUUUCGUUAUCUGUGUAAUUUCUUUAGGCCAGUUCUGGUUUACUCUAGUUUAAGAUGUGCAUAACGUCCUCCUAUACUUUCUAGAAUGGCUAUAGCCCCUCAGACACCCAUCAUGGAACAUUGACUUGAAUGGGGAUUUAUUUUCUGGUAAUUCUAUUUCUAUGGUUAACACCUCCAGAACAACAUAUUCUACUACAUCUGGAUGGGACACCAACAACAGACCCCAUUGUGAAUACAAUAAAGAUGCUCUG